UUUUGGUUUUUGAGAAUUUUUUUAAUAAAAAUUUGUAUUUUCAGAAGUUGAGACAUGUGCAAGAAUGGGUGUUUAUGUUGCACGUAUGAAAGUCCAUCCUUAUGUCCCAGUAAGAGAGGGAGAAGGGCUGCAAGAUGUAAAAUUACCUGAAGAUUUUUGUAAGGUCUACCCAGAAUUUUUACCUGACCCAAAGCCAGAGUGGAGAAACCGUAUGAGGGAAAGGCUUGAACGUGCAGAUAUGCUCAAGAGACGAAAUGUUAUGGAGAUCCCUGAGUUCUAUGUUGGAUCAAUAAUGGCAGUGACAGUAUCUGACCCAAAUGCAUCAGGAAAGCUCAAUCGGUUUGUGGGAAUUUGCAUCCAGAGAGGUGGAACAGGGUUGCGAGCAUGGUUUAUAUUAAGGAACGUUGUUGAUCAUCAAGGUGUGGAAAUUUUGUACGAAAUGUAUUCUCCCCUCAUUCAGAGCAUAGAUGUUUUGAGACUAGAAAAGAGAUUAGAUGACGAACUUUUAUACUUAAGAGAUGCUCUGCCAGAGUACUCCACAUUUUCUUUCGAUAUGGAACAGGAGCCAUUGCCAGAAAAUGUUGAAGUACCUGUCAAUCCCAUUAAGGUUCAGUUAAAACCACGACCUUGGCAUGAGAGAUGGGAGAGGAAAAAUUUGCAAGGACUUCAAGACCUCGGUCUUCCGGAGAGGUUUUAUAAAAGAGCCAAGCUUUUAGAAAAGCCUUGGGAGAAAUAUGAUCUAAUGUUGGAAUACCGGCAAGCGAUCAGUGAAGAUGAACAGAGAGAUAUCUUCCGCGAGGUUCAUCCACAUUAUCAACAGCUAGAGUCUUCAAGAAGACGGAUUAAACGUCAUCGUUCUGGAAUAAAACCAAAAACAACUUAAAUAUUUGGAGAUUUAGUCUAUUCAUUAGACAUUGUAACUUUACAGUUCACUCUGAAAAAGUAGUUUUGGGUUUUAUUGGAAGUGUAAAUAUUGUAAUGAUGCUAACAAUCACUUUUUUUCAAGCAAUACAUGAAAAGAAAACAUUUGCCUCAUGCAAUACUACAGAUAAUUUAACUUAUGACAGACUUUAAUGGAAAAACAUUAACAAAUAAAAUAAUUUGUAAAAUAUUUUAAUGUAAAAACAUUAACAAAUAAAAUAAUUUGUAAAAUA